GUUAAUCGAUUCCCAUCCCGCCGAUGCGGAGCCGUGAUAAGUCGGUGCACCAUCCUAGCAAGACCAUCCUUCGUACACUGCCUCUGCGAAGUGCAGAUAUCUAGCACACAGCAGCUAGUGUACGAGCUCAAUGUAGAGGCCCGCUGGAAGAGCUCCACAUAGGAGGAUUUCAAUCGGCAACGCAUGAAACGAUGACUAUUUUUAUAUCCAGACAUAUUUAAACGUCCUGACGUGAAUAAUUGCAAGAAUGAAGAUGGUCUCGAUCAACCAACUCUCUGUCAUUCUUUUCAGAGCCACUCGUUUUCGCCAUGAAGCCGGUCGCCCUCAACGCGGCGGCACUAGCAGCUCUGCUGUCGGUUUCUGCCCCAGCGUCUGCCACACUUUCGAGCCGCAACAAUGGAACAUCUUGCGGCGGCUCGAAACCUACCAAUGGCACCACAACAGCAGUCCCUACGCCUACGGCGAGUGACCCCUGCGUGGUAGCGAGAGAAACAUACCUUUCACAGCUCUCAUCUUCGUUGGAUACGAUGCCGACAAUGGAUGCGUCUACAGCCCGUCAAUGCUUGACGUCGGUUCGUGUCCAUAAGGAACCCGCCAUUCGUUUGCUAGACGAGAUGAAGCCCUUUCUUGAGUGGCAGUCCGACCAGGUUUAUUUGAAGGACCCUCCAGCGGACUACCCUUACCCCCCAGUUGACAUAUUUGCCGAGUUGGAAACAAUCCGUUCGAACCUGGAGGCGGACAAGUACAGCAGCGAGGUAGAAUGGCAAGAGGAUUUAUACUGGGCCAUUGCGGGAAAGCCGCACAACGGCCACUUGGCCAUCCACCCGGAUCUGUUGACCGUGCCUUUCGAAUGGGUUCGUCCUUGGUCGCUCGUGUCAGUUAGCGAGGACGGCGCUUCACUCCCUGUGAUCAAGGUGUUGCAGGACGUGCUAUCGCCUAGUGAGAAGUCAUCGCACGUUGUAGAGAUCAACGGAGUUGAUGCUGCUACGUUCAUCGAGGGACGCGUAACCCAGUCGUCGAACUCACAAGAUCCUGAUGCGGGAUACAAUGCUAUGUUCUUCAGCCAAGCUAACAGAGCUCAGUUAAAGUCUGUUGGUUAUUUUGAGGGUGGGGGUCGUGAAAGGUUCUUCUAUCCCGGGAAUGCGACUAGUUUGACUUUCGCAAACGGAACUACGGUUCAGAAACCCAACAUUGCCAGAUUCCACUACGGUCCUUACGACUGGGAAAAUGUUAAGGAUGCUGAAACCAUGCACAAGGAGUUUUGCCGCGGAGCAUACACCACCGCAUCAUCCGGCCGGUCUGCUCGUGAUACAAACUCACAUCAACUCAGCGCUGCACCGAGUAGCAUCUAUAACUACCCCCAACCCGCAGCUUCGCUCUCUCGCCGACAAGAAGGCGAGACAAAUCCCAUCGACGGCUAUCCGGAGCCUAUCGUCAUUGACUCCUAUCAGGCGGUAUCCGGUUAUUUCAUUGACGAGCCUGGUUUCGAAGAUGUCGCGGUUCUUGCCAUACUCUCUUUCGACUCCUCGUUUAAUGAAUUUCAAACCGCUGUCCAGGACUUCUUCGCCGUAGCCGUCGAAGCAGGCAAGACCAAACUCGUCAUUGAUCUCCAAGCAAAUGGCGGCGGCCUAAUCCUUCAAGGCUACGACACCUUCCGCCAGAUCUUCCCGGACAUUAUCCAGGAUGGUCCCAGUAGGUGGCGAGCGACGUCGACCUUCAAUGCUAUAUCUCAGGUAUUCUCACCCUUGUGCGCGAAUUACACACCCACGGUAGACUAUCAAGACCUAGAUAGAGCCUGCAACACCGUGCACAACUGGCGCAACGAUCUCAACGAUACGAACGGCCGCUUCACCUCGUAUUCCGAUAAGUUCGGCCCUUUCGCGGUGAACGACGACGAGUAUACCAAUUACAUGGAAUGGGACCCCGCGAAUCCCACCUUGGUACGCCAAAACUUUGAAACCGAUGUCACGGGCUAUGGGACUCGCAAGAAUUUCACGCGACCAUUCGGCGGUCCAGAGAACAUCGUGUUACUGUACGACGGGUAUUGCGCUUCGACAUGCAGCAUCUUCUCGCAGUUCAUGAAGCACGGCGCUGGCGUCAAGAGCAUCGCCAUGGGCGGUAGGCCGCGCGAGGGGCUGACCCAAGGUGUGGGCGGCGUGAAAGGACCCCAAGUCUACCCUACGAGGCAGAUGAAAAACCUCGCCGAUUUAGCACUCGAAUACACUGAAGAUGAAGCUCUAAUCAAAGAGCUGCAGCGCCUUGACGACACAUACGUCAGCGGCCGAAGCCCAUACCAGCUCCCUGUCGUCAACGUUCGGGACGCGGUUCUACCUAGUGAGAUUGAGAGCGGUGUCCCUACGCAGUUCAUUACCGAACUUGCUGAUUGCCGGCUGUACUGGACAGAGGCCAUGAUACAGAGUCCAGGGGAGAUCUGGAAGGCCGCGGCUCAAGCGGCUUUCAAGGGGGGGAAGUGCGCGGCAGGAGGCAUUGCGCAGCCGGUGAAGCGACCUCAGUAUUCUGCGUCGAGAUUGCGCGGGUACAAGAAACAUCCACGACCAGCCAGUGGCGGACGCGUCCGUCCGUCCGACGCGAUUAUCAUGCAGCAGAUGCGCGUCAAAGUGUCCGAUUAGACUUCGUAUAUAAGCUAGAUGUGUUCCAUAGCAGUCAAUUCAUUCUUUUAGAUGGCUUGUAUAACACGCGA